UAAACAUCCUUGUUUCACUUUCUUUUACAUGAGAGACAUCUCACAUCUGCAUCCAAAUUACACUAACCCGGAUCAUGGAUUUCGACAAUAUCGGGGAGGUUAUACCAGCCAUAGCAGUGAUCAUGCAGGAGAUCGGCAAGGUCAUAAAAAUGAUCUUCGACUAUCUGACUAGCCCUACGAAGGAUAAUAAUAUGGUAUUAUCAAGCUUUUACCAGAGACUUAGAGAUCUGGACGACCUGGUGAAGUCCAUUCAACAGGAUGUAAACAAAGCCUCUGUGUACAAUACUUUAGAAAACCUCAAAGAUGUUCUGUCUUCAGCUCAUACGAAGAUCAAGAAAUUGGAAGAUGAACAAAAACCAGGUCAGAAGUUGAAUCUCAAAAGUUACACAUCAGAAUUGAACAAAAUUAACCAAAGUCUCACUGAGGCCUUUGUGAGUCUCUCUGCAUCUCUGCAUGUCCACCAAAUGAAGAAGCUGGUCGCACAGGAGAAGAAGCUGGACGCACAUGAGAAGAAGCUGAACGCACAGGAGAAGAAGCUGGACGCACAUGAGAAGAAGCUGAACGCACAGGAGAAGAAGCUGGACGCACGGGAGAAGAAGCUGGACGCACAGGAGAAGAAGCUGAACACACAGGAGAAGAAGUUGGACGAACAGGAGAAGAAGUUGGACGAACAGGAGAAGAAGCUGGUCAAACUGGACAAGAAGCUGGUCGUUUGGGUUGUCGUUACUGUAUGUGUGUUGGUUGCACUGUGUGUGUGUGUGUGUGUUGGUUGGUUGUAGCUGCUCUUAAAAAAAAACUUUGAAACUUUGUGUGCAGGUUCAGGAACU